GCGGGGCUGUGCCUCACCCUUCAGUGCCUAGUCGGGGCCUGGGGAGUCCCCAGCACCCCGCGCUGAGCACCGCGGUCAAGGCCUGACCCCAGCCCUCCUCCGUCUGCCCCCGCUCGUUCUGGAUAGGGUUCUUCGCAGUACCGCAUCCAGCCUUCCUCCUUCCCGUGGUGGUGUGACUUCAGCCCGUCCCACACACAGUCAGGGUGGGGACUAGAGUGACUGUAACCGAGCUGGAUGCUCAGGUGGAGAGGCUCCGCGAGCAGAUAUGGCGUGUAUGUCUUUUCCCGUCCCAUGUCACAGAUUGUCCCACAUUUGUUCAAGUCCCCGCACUACCCUCACUGCUUUGCAAAUGGAUUUCUAAUCUGCCUGCUUUUUUUCCGUCUGCCGUUGUCACCAGCCUCCUAGCCACCAUCGUUUCCUGCCUGGACUGCUGGUUUCUUCCAUCCCUACUCUUGUCCCCCUCCAGUGUGUUCUCCACACAAUAGAUGGAUUUUUCUUUUUCGAAUUUCUCUAAGUUUGAUUAGUUCACUUCCUGCUUAGAACCCUCCAGUGUCUGCUCUUUCACUUAGAAUAAAGUUCCAACUUCUUAGCUUAACGUGGUUUAACUUUUACUUUAUUUUCUCUCCACAUCCCUUCUCAAAACUGGUAGUUCCCAGAACAAGCUCUAUAUAGCACUCUCUGUUGUGUUCAGAACAGUGGCUUUGUGGUCGGCCUCUCUGGGUUUGAAUCCCAGUCCUUUCACAUGUAAUCUGUAUUAAGCAUGUAAAGUAACAAACUAUGUUUCCAAAGUAGAUCCUCAGUAAUUGGUUCUCAUCUCAAAAGUUGUUUCUCAUCUAGUAAAUGGCACCACCACACACUGGACUGUGCAGUGCUGAAGCCAGAGAUCUGGGCCUUGACCCCUCUUGCACCUCAAAUCCAGUCCAUCAGCAAUGCCUGCAAAAAACAUAUCCCCAAACAUAUCCCCAGAAUCAUUGGGAGCUUUUUUACGAUCUCCACUCUACUGUAAUUUAAGCCACCAUUAUCUCACAGCCAGAGACACAUGUAGCAACUUCCUAGGUAGCCUCUUGCUUUUUUUUUCUUAUGCCCUUUAAUUCCAUUCUUUAUACACUAGUCUUUUAUUUUAUUUUAUUUUAUUGCAUAGAAGAACUGAAGUGUCAGGUGGAAGUUGGAGGGGGAGACAGUGGGGAGUAGAACAGACAGAUUUACUGAAAUAACACUGCUAAGGGGAGCAGCAGGCAAGACAGGAGGAGUCUGCUGUGCCAUAAUUGGAUAAGCUCCGUGGGGGGAGGGGGGAUCCAACCCAAGCUUUAUUGGUGAUAGCGCUGAGACUUAACCCCUAGGCCACCAGGGAGGCCCCCACACAGCAUUUUGUCCUUACGUAAAAUUGUUAGUAGCUUCCUAUUGCACUCAAAUCAGCACAGGCAAAUUAUAUGGCCUGUUAGGCUUGCCUGCUUUCUCUUCGGAUUUAGGGCUACCUCUUAGGAAAAUGAACUCUGCCAUUAGGUUCUCCACACUGCAAAAAAGGACUCUUUCUAAAGUAUAAUGUGAUGAAGUCACUCCAAAAAAAAACCCUCAAAGGCCUCUUAUUGCCCCAGAUUCAAGCUAGAAUCUUUAGGAGGCCUUUCUGUGAUUUGGCCCUUGUUUUCUUCUUUAAAGAUUUGUUUUUUCCUGAGCAUGCCGUUUUAUUUUCUACAGUACUUCAUUACCUUUACACAUACUUCUUUCCAUGUCAUGAAUUCCUAUUAUUUAAGGCCCAACAUCAGUGUUAUUUCCUUUUUGAAGUACUUGGCCCAUCACAUCCACCCCAGAUGAUCUGUACACUGUGUUCAGUACACUGUAGUGUUUGUCAUCUGGGCUUCCCAGGUAAGCUCCUCCAUGUGGGCACUAUGCUCCACUCAUCUUUGUAUUGCUGGCAUCAAGCACAGUGCUUGACACAGAGGAAGUCAUAAAUAAAUAGAUAUGGGGGUAGAGGUGAUGGUAGAAGUUAGCUUUGGGAACAGGGCAGUCACAACAGCUUUUCUUGUCCUUUGAGAAUUCUCUUGAUAAAAGGUCUAAGCAAUUACCAUAUCUGCUACUGCUGAAUCAUAUUUUGUUUGGCCUUUCUGGAGAGAAGGCCAAUUUUAUUGAUUAAAAUUCUGAAUAACUCUAGACAGGGCACACGGACCACAAUACUAUUAGUGCCUUCUUCCCCCUUCACUCACUUAUGCUACCAUUCUGGCCCCUGUCAGCAUUUGAGCUUGGAGCACCUAUCUAGGGUCCAGUGCUUCAACCUGGAAGGGACCUCAGGGAUCAGCUGGUCCUGUGGUUGGCAACUAUAGGAGGUAACAGAAUCACUGAGAGCUUUUCAAAAUUAUAUAUUCCCUCUUAUUUCUUAUUCAGUAGGUAUUGGUAGCACUUGGAUAUCAGAUUCCGAUAUGACCUCCCUAGUUGAGUCUGUCUUCCUCAUUCUGAAGUGGGAAAAUAGUCCUGGAGAGGAAACGCCCAUACUUCUGCCAUCAUCUGUCACCCAAAGUAUCAGCAACAGCAUCCUAAUGUCCUAAUUGAUCUCUUUGCCUCUUUGGUCCAUUUUCUACAUAGCAGCCAAAGUGAUCCUUUUUUAAAUGCAAAUCAGAUCCUGACCCUCUGUUGCCUGAAAACCUUCAGUGGAUUUCUGUUGUGCUCAAAAUAUCAACUCCUUACCAUAACAUCUUCAAAUGGUCCAAUUUUGUCAUACGUUUGGAGUCAUGCAGGUCUUUCAGUUCUCUGAAUACCUCAAGUGCUUACCUGCUUUUGAACCUUUGCUGAUGCCAUGUCCUUUACUGGACUGUCCUUCCCCUAUUCUUCAUGGAGAUCACAGCUUAAAUGGCAUCUUCUCAGAGCCAUCCUAACCACCUUUUGUAAAUAGAUCUGACCUGGUUAGUCUCUCUCAGUCUUUAUUUCUCUCAUCAUGCAGAUCACACUGUUUUUAUCUUACUUGUCAGUUUACUUACUCUUUCUCUCCCCCCACCACUGUAUUCAUAAGGGCUGGGACUUGACUCUGUUGUUCAUGGCUAUUUCUUUACUACUUGGCAUCUGUGAAUAUUCAUUAAAUGAAUGAAUGGCUACCAGAAACUCUUCCCACUGUGAAAAUCUUUCUAAGCCAAAUGAGGAUAGAGCUCUGAAGAUUUCAUGUUGGUGGAAUUUCAAGCAGGACUGUGGCGUUUCAAAUAGCACUAAUCUGAGUCAAGAAAUCUGAGCUGUAUGAAUCUGGUUUUCCACACUUGUGGCAAAACAAGCUACAAGGAGGAGCAGACACAGCACUGGUAGUUGUGGCCCAGCCCUCACCCUGUGGAUAUGGCAAACAAGGGCAACAAGAAACGCCGGCAGUUCUCCCUGGAGGAGAAAAUGAAAGUUGUAGAAGCUGUAGACUCAGGCAAGAGAAAAGGUGAUGUGGCAAAAGAAUUUGGUAUCACUCCCUCAACCUUGUCUACAUUCUUAAAGGAUCGUGCCAAGUUUGAGGAAAAGGUGCGGGAAGCAUCUGUGGGACCCCAGCGGAAAAGAAUGAGGAACGCCCUCUACGACGACAUCGAUAAGGCUGUCUUUGCUUGGUUUCAGGAAAUCCACGCCAAAAACAUUCUCGUGACUGGUUCCGUCAUUCGGAAGAAAGCACUAAACUUGGCCAACAUGCUGGGCUAUGAUAAUUUCCAAGCAAGUGUGGGUUGGUUGAACAGAUUUAGGGAUCGCCAUGGAAUUGCUCUGAAAGCAGUGUGUAGAGAGGAUAGUGACAGGUUAAUAAGUAGUCUGGGAAUAGAUAAGGUUAAUGAGUGGCAUGCAGGGGAAAUUAUAAAACUUAUUGCUGACUACAGUCCAGAUGAUAUCUUUAAUGCUGAUGAGACAGGAGUGUUUUUCCAGUUGCUUCCCCAGCACACACUCAGUGCUAAAGGGGACUAUUGUAGAGGAGGCAAAAAAGCAAAGGAGCGGUUGACAGUGCUCUUUUGUUGUAAUGCUUCAGGGACUGAAAAAAUGAGGCCAUUGAUUGUUGGUAGGUCAGCCAACCCACGCUGCCUUAAAAACAUGCAUUCCCUCCCUUGUGAUUACCGAGCCAACCAGUGGGCAUGGAUGACGCCACAUCUCUUCAAUGAGUGGCUGGUGAAAGUAGAUGCCAGGAUGAAGCGGGCAGAACGCCGGAUACUCCUGCUUAUUGACAACUGCUCAGCUCACAACAUGCUUCCCCGCCUGGAAAGGAUCCAGGUAGGGUAUCUGCCCUCAAACUGUACUGCAGUCCUGCAACCCCUGAAUCUUGGCAUAAUUCACGCUGUGAAAGAGCUGUACAGGAGCCACCUUCUGAAGCAGAUUCUCCUCAAACUCAGCAGCAGUGAGGAUCAAGAAAAAAUGGACAUCAGGCAGGCCAUAAACAUGAUUGCUGCAGCAUGGUGGUCAGUGAAGCAGUCCACAGUGGUGAGGUGCUGGCAGAAGGCAGGUAUCAUCCCCUUGGAACUGACAGAUUCUGACACACAAGCAGCAGCCAGUGAACCAGAUACCGCCAUUGAGAAGUUGUGGCACUCAGUGGCUAUUGCUACCUGUGUCCCAACUGAAGUAAAUUUUCAGGAUUUUGUCACUGUAGAUAAUGAUGUCAUUAUCUCUCAGGAGCUGAUGGACGCAGAGGACAUCCAGGGUGCUGGGCCUGGAGAAGAUAGUGAUGAAACUGGAAGUGAAGAUGAGGGGGAGGCAUCUUUACCAGAGCAGCCAGAAAUCACUAUUGCAGAAGCCAUCUCGAGUGUCCAGAAACUUAGACAGUUUCUUUCAACUUGUGUAGGUGUUCCGGAUGCUAUUUUUGGCCAGCUAAAUGGCAUAGAUGAAUAUUUAAUGAGAAGAGUGACACAAACGCUUGAUUCCAAAAUUACAGAUUUCCUCCAAACAAAAUAGUGUAGGAAUUAAUUAACUCUUUCAAAGAUGCAGUUUAAAAGUGUAUUUUUUUAG